CAUGUAUCCCUUUGGUUCCGGCAUGCCACAACCACAUCCUCCCACAUCAACGCCUGGUUACAAUCCACAACCGGGAAUGCCAGCCGGUGUACCAUUUGGUGCUGGUUGGGUAGCACCAACCCAACAUCCACACCAACAACAACAGCAGCCGCCAACAAAUUCACAUUAUCCAUCAACAACGACAACACCACAUCAUGCCCCAUAUCCCACAUCAAAUGCUCCCUAUCCUCCUACUAAUACAUCACCCUAUCCCACAUCUAAUCCCUCACCCUAUCCUCCAACUAAUCAAGCACCCUAUCCCACUGCGGGACCAUAUCCCCAUCCAACACCAUAUCCAAGUAAUGGAAAUCAAUCCUCACCCUAUCCGGGCUCAUCCUACCCUCACAAUCCCCAUCAACAAACACCCUAUCCCACAUCGACUGGAUCACCAGCUCAUUAUCAUCAUAAUCCAUCAACACCAUUUGGCGGCCAGACACCCACUCAUCCCACAGCAUACAAUCCCAAUCAUGGCUAUACACCGGUUAGAACCUCAAUGGGAUUAGAAUCGCCGGCUGGCAAUAUACAACAUUGUUUCGAAGAGUUGGCCCAAAGGCAAGGCCAUCCCAUACAACAUCACUAUACUGCUCCACGGAGAGAGGGAACUCCAACUGUAUUCCCAGCCCAGAAUUUUGAUCCCGUCAAAGAUGCCCAUGAUUUACGCAAGGCCAUGAAGGGCUUUGGCACCGAUGAGGAUGCUCUCAUCAACAUCAUAUGCCGUCGUUCCAAUGAACAGAGACAGGAAAUUCAACGCCAGUAUAAAACACAUUUUGGCAAAGAUCUUAUUGAGGAUAUACGCUCCGAGACAAGUGGAAAUUUCGAAAAGUUAUUGGUGGGAUUGUUGCGUCCAAUUGUUGAUUUCUAUUGUCAUGAGCUGAAUGAUGCCAUGGCUGGUAUUGGUACUGAUGAAGAUGUUCUCAUUGAAAUUUUAUGUACUCUAUCGAAUCAUGAGAUUCACACGAUUAAAAAUCAAUAUUUAAGAUUAUAUGGUGCCCAUUUGGAAUCGGAAUUGAAAUCCGAAACAUCGGGUAAUUUCAAACGCUUGUUGGUCUCAUUGUGCACCGCUGCUCGUGAUGAGAGUGGCCACACUGAUCGUGCCGCCGCCCAAAGUGAUGCUCGUGAAUUGUUAAAGGCUGGUGAACUGCGUGUCGGCACCGAUGAAAGUAUGUUCAAUAUGAUUUUGUGCCAACGCAAUUAUCAGCAAUUGAAAUUGAUUUUCCAAGAAUACGAAACAAUGACCGGACAUUCAUUGGAGAAGGCAAUUAAAAAGGAAUUCUCUGGUGAUAUUAUGGAGGGUCUAAUUGCCAUUUGUCGUUGUGUUAACAACAAGGCUGAAUAUUUUGCUUCACGUUUGCACAAGAGUAUGGCUGGCAUUGGUACCAAUGACAAACAAUUAAUACGUGUGAUUAUCACCCGGUGUGAGAUCGAUAUGGCUGACAUCAAGGCUGCCUUUGAACGUAUGUACGGCAAGAGUCUAAAGAGCUGGAUUAAGGGUGAUACCUCAGGACAUUAUAAACAUGCUCUGUAUGCAUUGGUUGGGGAACAACGUUCAAAUUCUUAAGAUC